UCAUGACGUCACUCGCGACGUCAUACAAGCGCCGUUUCCACUCUACACACUGUACGGUUUUAAUAUAGCGGCGCGCCAAGCGCGAUCCAGACUCAGUUACUCGGAGGCCGGCCUUUCGUGCAAGCCCUCUGACAAAAUCCUCUCAAUUCUCAAUAUCUCUUCUAGCAAAAGGCAGUGUGUUGUUUCCUCCUCUCGAAUAUGUGUAAUAGUUCGUGAGCAAGGACACUGAUAUCUUAAUUCUUUUUUUCUGGUGAUCAAUAUUUUAAGUGAAAAGUUCCUCAAAACAAAAAGGACCAUCAGUAUAAGUAGUGCUUUAUGCGCGAGUUCUAUGGGAUUUUCCUAAAAAGUUUGAAGUUUGUGAGAGAGGAAUAAAUUCGCGACCUGCAUGCGGGUACCGAGGGCCGAAAUCCUCGAGUUCCUCAACGGGGCUUUUUCCUGCGAGAGGAACCCCUUCGACCGGAAGGAUCCUUGUACCACAACGGACGCAGGUCGGUAACAUGUCCUGUGUGAUCUCGGCUCAUUACAUCAAAAUAAAUCACAUUCCAUUGAUCACUGCAUGUACCCUCGCAUAUACACUACGCAUACCUCGCAUACUUCGCGUAAAAACUACAACUUACGGAUAGAAUAACCAGAAACAACAAUAGGAACUUAAUUCCCAAUGCAUUAAAUAUAUUAAAUGUAUCAAAUCUAUCAAAUGUAUGAAAUGUAUCAAAUGCAUCAAAUGUAUCAAAUGCAUCAAAUUCAUCAAAUGUAUCAAAUGCAUCAAAUGCAUUAAAUCUAUCAAAUGUAUUAAAUGUACAAAAUGUCUAAAAUGUACAAAGUUUACAAACUUCAUCAGCUGAUGUUGAAAAACUGAAACGAUAUUCGAAACUGCACCCACACGUGACUGUCGCGCUUUAAGGGAUAGAUCCAUAUAUCCUCAACGGUUUUCCCUCUUCUUUUUCGAAAUUUUGUUUUGGUUAGUGAUCCUUUUUUUUUUGCAAGAAGUGACAAAAUGUUAAGCUGAGGGUACGUGAUACGGUAUUACCGGAUGUGCGAUGCCUACCGUCGAGGAUCCUGGAACGGAAAAUUCGGUGCCCGCGGCAGCGACGCACCGCCCCAUCGCCAGGAAUCACCACGUGCAAACGUCCUACCAUCACCAUCCUCCGUCUGCCCUAGCAGCCGACAAUAACAACAAUCACGAUCACCAUCAGGAUCUUGAGUCGGUCGAUCAUCUCGGGAGCCAACCUCACGAUCAUUGGAACAAGUGGCAACUGCAUUCGCCGAAUGGCGAUAGCGACAACAGCAACGGAAGUCAACGUGCUAUUGUAGUGCCUCGUGCUGAAAUAGAGCAACAACAUCGCCAAAGACAACAGAGACAAGUUUCUGUACCAGAGAGCGUUCCUGCAUUAGUUUCGACAAAUCAUUCUUCAUCGACAACAACCACCACCGCUUUCACCGUUGCGUCAAGCAUGCUUCUUUUGCAGACACAGAGUCCAUUUGGAUGCAGUAGUUUUUCGGAUUUACUGAGCGGUACUUACACAGACUCCACGGAUGCUGGUAGUCUGCCGGAAGAGCUUGAUCCUUUUCCGGAAUUGCAAUUAGGCAAUCCACAGGACGUCACCAACUCCGAAGAAGCGUCCUCACAAAACCACCACUCAGUUCAUUCUCAACCUCCACUUCCAGGAGACGUUCAAGCUGAUUCACUCAGUCCGACGCCACUUCCCAGCUUUCAAGAAACCUACACAGUACAAAGAUAUCGACAAGAAUUGCAGAGUUUAGGUAUCAAAAUGGACGAUGAUUGUUAUGGAGAAGGCGUCUAUCCUUGUACAGGAGCUACGUUUGCGACGGAUUUUACUCAGGCUAUUCCCUACCAAAAUCAUCAUAAUCAACAUCAGCCGCACCAUCCGGCACAAAAUCAACAUCACCAUCAACAGCAGCAGCAGCAGCAGCAGCAUCAUCCGCAACAUCAUCCACAGCAGACACACCUUCAUCAACCACAACAAACACAUCACCAUCAUCAUUUGGGUUUUUUCUCCACGGAAUCAGCACCUACACCAGCAGCAGUUCCAACCCCAAACAAUCAUCAGGAAUCGCCUUACGCCUCAGUUCCCAUUGUUUACGGACCUCCUCCAAGUGUCACCAGCAGUGGAGGCUCUCCGGGAGCUGUGACGCCAAGUGAUCUUCGCACUGCUGUUGGAAGCACUGUCGUCAUUCCUGGAACACCGCGUCCUCGACGUGCGUCCUUACCACCUCAAAGAUCUGAAUCAUCAAGCAGUAGCGAAUCACCCAAAUUGAGAUGCAGCGGAGCAAGUUCGACGACUGGUUCACCAUCUCCUGGGGGCGAACGAGCACCACCGAGUCCGAGUCAGUUGUGUGCCGUUUGUGGUGAUACUGCAGCUUGUCAACAUUACGGAGUGCGAACAUGCGAAGGCUGCAAGGGAUUUUUUAAAAGGACAGUGCAGAAAGGCUCUAAAUACGUUUGUCUUGCCGAAAAGGCAUGCCCUGUUGAUAAACGUCGACGAAAUCGUUGUCAGUUUUGUCGCUUUCAAAAGUGCCUCAUGGUCGGCAUGGUCAAGGAGGUUGUAAGAACGGAUUCUCUAAAAGGAAGACGGGGUCGACUGCCUUCGAAACCAAAAUCUCCCCAGGAAUCUCCACCCAGCCCUCCAGUAUCCCUGAUAACGGCUCUUGUUCGUGCCCACGUUGAUACCACACCAGAUCUCGCAAAUCUCGACUUUUCUCAAUGUCGCGAAAUUUGCCCCGGCGAACCGCCACUCUCGGAAGCAGAGAAGACCCAACAAUUCUACAAUCUCCUAACAUCCUCCGUCGAUGUCAUCAGAAACUUUGCUGACAAAAUUCCCGGAUUCAUGGACCUAACACCAGAAGAUCAGAAAUUCCUCUUCCUCAAUGCCAGCCUGGAACUUUUUGUACUGAGGCUGGCGUACCGCACAAAAGUAGAUGACACCCGACUGACAUUUUGCAACGGAGUAGUCCUCACACGUGAGCAAUGCGAACAAAGUUUCGGCGACUGGCUUCAAGGAAUCAUGGACUUUUGUCAAAGUCUUCAUGUCCUCGACGUUGAUAUCAGCGCCUUUGCCUGCCUUUGCGCCCUCGCGCUCGUUACUGAAAGACAUGGUCUUCGAGAACCACAGAAAGUAGAGCAACUUCAGAUGAAGAUAAUUUCUUCCCUCCGAGAUCACGUCACUUACAAUGCAGAAGCUCAACGCAAAACUCACUAUCUAUCUCGACUACUCGGUAAACUUCCCGAACUUCGAAGUUUAUCCGUGCAAGGACAUCAGAGAAUUUUCUACCUAAAAUUAUUGGACAUCGUACAUGCACCCUCAUUCAUUGAAGAAAUGUUCAUGGCCACCCUGCCUUUUUGAACACAAAGAGGAGCAUAAUUUUCAUUAAAACAAUAUUAAUCAUUUUAAUGAUUCACUGAGUUUACUUCAUCGCAUUUUUUUUAUAGAAAAAGAAAACAUUUUUUUUUCUUUUUGGUUAUCCUUUCGGCUAGCCUUGUCUUUAUUGAACUUAUUGCAAAAACGAAAGACAUCCUAAAUUAUAAGUAUAAUGUAGUGAGAAAGAAAGAAAGAAAGAAAAGACCAAGAAUGAAUGAAUCAAGAUUGAAUAGAAUUUUAAAAGUGAAAUUGAGAAAAAGAAGUGCUCUUCAAGAAUGGUGCUUCGAGAUCGAUUAAUAUUUUUAUUUAUAAAAAUAGGAAAAAAAAGUAUAUUAAUAUAUACCAUGAAAGUGCUUAUGUUUAGAUAAAAGAUUAUAUAUGUAACACGGUACUUAGUCCGUGUUUAUAGUUAGGGAUGUACCCGGAUAUCCGGGAGGCUGUUUUUUUUCUACAUAUAAACAAGUAAUUUUUAGUAAUUUCUCUUAAAUCACAAGUUACCAGAUUAUUUUUUACGACUAUCGCUUUUUGUUUCUUCGUUAGGAAUUUAACAAAAUAAAGAAGAAUUCAUAGAUCGUAAUAAGCAGCAAAGUCCCAUUAUGUAUUUGUAAUUUUUCACGCCGUGUUUUUUUUUUACUAAUUUUAAUAAAUGUCGAUUUUAUAAAUAUAAUGCUCGGCCGGAUAUUCAUCCAUCCCUAGCGAUGAUUCCACAGUAAAUCGUGAGGUGUUAAAAUAACACCAGAAUGGAUUAAAAUAAUCUCCAAUAGUUUAAUCCCUCUAAAAUUAAAUUAACACCAGAAAGGAUUAAAAUAAUCAAUUUUGGUGUUAUUUUUUACUACGAAUGAAAUUUUACUUCAAAUCAAAACCAAGCCAACGAUUUGUCAAAGUCUUAGUCGAAGUUACAGUCAAAGUCUUAAUCAAAAUCUUAGUCCAGGUCUUAA